AUGGAGGUGAUUGAUAUAGCCCGACUGGAAGAGGCUGUAGUCGUGUUUUAUCGUUCUACAUCUCAGGAGCAGGCACAUUUGCAUGAAUGGCUAACAAAUGUUCAGACCAGCAAAAUGGCCUGGCAGUUUUCGUGGCAGCUGAUGCAGCUGGGAAAGAGUCAAGAGGUGCAAUUUUUCGGAGCCAUAACGUUGCACUCAAAACUAAUGAAAUUCUGGCAUGAAGUUCCUCCCGAAAGUCGAGAUGAGCUGAAGCAAAAGAUUUUGGAAACAAUUAUACAAUUCGCCGGUGGGCCAAAAUUAGUACUCAAUCGUUUGUGCAUAGCGUUAAGCGCCUAUAUUGUUCAUAUGUUGAGCGAAUGGCCAAGUGCCAUAGAGGACGUUAUUAACACCUUUCAAAAUCAGCAGAUACCAAAUGUAUCGAAUGAAACCCAAUUGUGGAUUUUAUUGGAAGUACUGCAGGCAAUACCGGAGGAGAUGCAAGCAAUAUACAGUUCUGUAAAGAGGCCGGUGCUACGGGCCGAGGUAGCCAAGAGGACACCGCUUGUAAUAGAAACCACUGAACGUUAUCUACAAAUGCAAUUGGAAAGAGAAUGGGACACAGAGUCUUUUAAUAACAUGACCAGAGCUGUGAAAUGCGUUGGGACAUGGGUUAAAAAUAUUGGCUUCCCCAUCGAAAACUGCGUCAAUAUGGUUGAUAUUAUCCUUAAAAUAGUAAAUAAGUGCUAUUGGCCAUGUACACAGGAUCCAGAUGGUGACGGCUGUAUGUCUGCAGACGAAAACGAUUUGGCUGAAACUUGCUUAAAGACCCUCGUCAAUAUUAUUAUUCAACCGGAUUGUCAUGUCUACCCAAAGACAGCAUUUAUUCUCAUUAAAAUGUUUUUGGACUCGCUAUGCAAUAUUACUAAGAUGGAAUGGAAGCCGGAUAAUAAUAAUGAGGACAUAGUCUCCUACAUAUACACCUUGUUUGUGUCGGCCGUUGAAAGGCAUUCUCAGCUUCUGCUGAGUGGUAUUACAACCACAGAUCCCGAGCUCUCGUCCUUAUAUACGCGGCUAGUGCAUGAGAUCCUGCAGUGCACAGACAAGCCGGGCAUAUAUCCUGUAGAGGAAUCGUGUAGCAGUAUGGCCCUGGGCUUUUGGUAUCUUUUACAAGACGAAGUGUUUGCAAUGACGAAUGCAGAGGAACGUCUUAAAUGUUGGGAGUAUAUUAAACCCCUUUAUGCCCACUUAACGCGCAUUUUAGUAAGGAAAUCCGAGCAGCCUGACGAGAAUUCAAUAGAUAAAUGGAGUUCAGACGAUUUGGAAAGUUUUCGGUGCUAUCGACAGGAUAUUUCGGACACAUUUAUGUAUUGUUACGAUGUCUUGCACGAUCAGAUUUUGGACAUUUUGGCGGCUGUUUUGGACGAGACUAUUGCUCAACUGCAGACAAAUCCGAACCAGUGGACAAAAUUGGAAGCAUGUAUCUAUUCUUUCCAGUCAGUAGCCGAGCAUUUCGACGGAGAAGAAACAAAACAGAUUCCUAAAUUCAUGCGUGUGCUUAACGAAAUCCCCUAUGAGACUAUGAACGAGAAACUACUCGGCACCGCUUUAGAAGCUGUAGGUUCCUAUUGCCAGUGGUUACGUGGAAAUCCAAUGUGGAUACCGUCUGCCAUAGAACUUUUAGUACGUGGCCUAAAUUCGUCCAUGUCUGCACAGGCUACGUUGGGGCUCAAAGAGCUCUGUCGCGACUGUCAGUUGCAAAUGAAACCCUACGCUGAGCCUUUGCUUAAUGCAUGCCAGUCGUCUUUGGCCUCGGGACAAAUGAAGAAUUCCGACAGUGUCAGGUUGAUGUUCAGCAUUGGGAAACUUAUGAGUCUAUUAACACCAGACAAAAUUCCCAAUUAUUUGGAUAUGAUUGUUAGUCCCUGCUUCGAAGAAUUGUCUACCAUAUGCCAAAGUGGAGCUAAAACGCCACAAGCAAGAAUUCGUACAAUAUUCCGUCUUAACAUGGUGUCAACUCUGUUUUCGUCACUUAACACAGAUAUCGAUGACGACGAUCUGCCUAUUGAAGAUCUGCAAAAUAUGCAGCCAGUUUUAAUUGUAAUGCAAAAAACAAUGCCAAUUUUUAGGCAAAUAGCUGAAUUAUGGGUAGAAGAAUUGGAUGUUCUGGAGACGGCUUGUGCGGCUCUCAAGCAUGCUAUUGUCAAUUUAAAGAAUAGCUUCAAACCAAUGCUGCAAGAUCUUUGUUACUUUAUCGUCGCGAUUUUCCAAACACGUUGUUGUGCACCGACAUUGGAAAUUUCCAAAACGGCCAUUGUCAUAUUCUAUAGAGAUGAAGAUUGCAAAGCCCUGAUGCAACAACUGAUGAUAGAAUUCGUAAUGCACAGUUUUAAAUUGUUUGAGGCCACACCCGAAAAUGGAUUCUCUAAUAUUGCCGAAACGAUCGAGACUUUUUAUGCUUGUCUAAUGCAAAUCAUUAAGAAGAUUCCACAAUCUCUGGAUGAUAAAUCGAUUGCAUAUGAUCGUCUUAUAUUUUAUGCGCUCAAAGCAAUGACGUUACCAGAAAAUGGUCCUAUAAGAUUUUCAAUACAAUUUCUAUCGCACUUCGUAAUGCAGUCCCGCAACUAUCCACAAAUGACCCAAGCUGUACUUGCAGCCGGUGAGGAGAUCUUACGCACCGCUACAGUUUGUGUAGCGUGUGUUACUCCUAGACAACAAGUAGAAAAGUUUGCGGACAUUUUCCUGAGUAUCAAUAAGAAGUAUCCAGCAGAAAUGGCAGUUUGGUUGAAAAAUAUUAUGCAUGCCCCAAAUUUCCCGACGCCUUUGGUCGAUGAUGCCGACAAAACUAAGUUUGUUACUCAAGUCAUAAGGGAAAAAGUGAAUAAAAGACUGUUGCAUCAACAUCUUACGGAAUUUGCUAUUAAAGCCAGAGGUCUUAGCGAUAAAUUUCAAUAA